AGGCGCUAGUUUAUUACGAGCUGUUUACCAAACGGAGCGAUAAGUAAGAAGAAGAAGGUCUCCAUGGUUUCGUCACUGCUGCGUCAUAUGUUGUUUGUUCACGCGGUACAUUCCCGGGGAAGAGACGCUGGUACCGACAGAGACUCAGGACAUGGCAGACGAAGAGGACUCGGCGGCGGCGGCGGCGGCGGAGUCUGCCGCUGCGUUCCCGCCGGAGACUCCUCGCAUUGCGCGGCCACACUCUGUCUCUUUCUCCGAGAGCGUGCAGCCGGCCGUUGGGAUGAUGAGCCAGCUACUGACACAGCCUUCGUCCCUAAAGUUUGACAAAAACAUCAAACAGGCUUUUUACAACACGGGGGCGAUGAUCUUUGUAGCUAUCUGCUGCGGGGCAACUGUGCUGGUCUACUUCAUCCUGGAGGCCUUCCUGCGCCCGCUGCUCUGGGCAGUUCUCUGUGGAACCUUCCUCCACCCGUUCAAACACUCCCUAGCCAGAAUUGGGCGCUCGUGGCUCAGCGGCCUGCAGGACAGUGGGACACCCAUCGUGUUGGGGACACUGUUAAUCCCGGUGUGGUGUGUGAACUAUGGGGUGGAGGCGAUGGGCAGGCUGGUGCUGGAGAGGCUCACUAUGCUGCUGGCGAUAGGAGCCGGGGUGCCCCUGCUUUACUUCCUCUAUUAUUUCUGGAGCGUCAUCGGCAUGCAGGUGAUCCUCGGGCACGUCUGUGGGAUCAUCGGGGCCGCGCUCGACUGUUUCCACGCCGCGUGGGUGUGCACUGCGGUGUUUGGCUACUUGUUGGCGGUUUGUUUCAAGUGGAGUCCUCAAACCGAGCGCUACCUGAAGGCUCUGGCUCUUCCUGUCUGGGUCAUCUUCCUCUUCUACAUAGUGUCUCUGACCGGCUCAUGGAGAGUGCCCAUAUUUGUGAGCGUGGUUAUUCUCCUCAUCGUGGGAUCCCAGGAGAAACCACCUGUUCCUGGCAGAGGUGAGCUGUCGGGCCAGGUGUUGUCAUUUGCUGCUAAUACCAUUUACAUGGCCAUCUCCUGUAGCAACAUUCAUCUGAAAACUGAGUCCAGUGAAAACUGUAGCACAGAUGGUGUGCAGUCUGUGGGCCCUGAACCGGCCACCCCUGGGUUUCUGCAGGGCUCUCGUUCAUUUUCUGCCGGCUUCUUCCAGAAAAAGAAAAACCCCCACAGAGCCAGUGAUAUCUACUUUAUAAUACUGGUCUGGGCCAUAGUUCUGGUUCAGGUCUGGCUCAACCUCUGGAUCCUCAAACUCCUGCCUAUCCCUGUGGCUGUGUGGGUGCUGAAGAAGCUGGUGGUCCAUUUUGGCUUCAUGGGCUUUGCAGAGCGGACUCUGUAUUCAUGGUGGACAGUGCUGGAGAAGUUCGGAGGUGAGCGAGAGGAGGCCCUGCUGCCUGGACCAAUCAAAGGCCUAGUACAGUUCCUGCUUCGUGUCGACAUCAAGCUCUGGCCUUGGCUUAACAAGCAGAUCAUCGUGGGGUUGGAGCGAUCUCUGGAUAAAAUCAUCAGCAUCUUCAUCAUCUUCCUCCUGGUCACAGGGACCCUGCUGAUGGCGCUGCUGCUGACUGCUAUGGUUCAUCAUGAGAGCGUUCAAAUCAUCGAGGUAACCAGUAAUCUCAUCAAUGAGACUGUGUCUAACCAUCCAGAAUGGGCAAAUUGGCUUCCGGAGGCUCGUGUGGUCCAGAAGGCUAUGAAUUCAGCUGCUACUAAUGUUUAUCAACAUGGGAGAGAAUGGAUAACACACAAGCUUCAAAAGAUGUUAGGAGACAAAAUGAACAACACAGCAGUGAUUGAGAAACAGGUUUUGGAGCUUUGGGACCGGUUGUACCACUCCUGGUUUGUGAAGAAUGUGACCCACUCUGGACGCCACCGUGGACACAAGAUCAUUCAGAGACAGAACAGCUGGUUAGUGGACAUUCUGGACUGGAAGGACGUUGCCUCAUUCCUACAGGACAAUAUUGAGACUCUGCUCUCUAUCCUGGAGUCUCUGUGGGUGGUCAUGAGCAGGAACCUCAGCCUCCUCAUCUCCACAGCCACCACCCUCUUCACUGUCUUGUUCUACAGCGGCACAGCUCUGCUUAACUUUGCCCUGAGUCUGGUGAUUUUUCUCACCACCCUCUUCUACCUCCUGAGCUCCAGUGGUGAAUAUUACAAACCUGUGAAAUGGGUGAUCAGCCUGACCCCGCUGUCCCAGCCUGGACCCUCCUCCAAUAUCAUAGGCCAGUCUGUAGAAGAGGCUAUCAGAGGAGUUUUUGAUGCCUCUCUGAAAAUGGCCGGCUUCUACGGCCUCUACACUUGGCUCACUCACACCAUCUUUGGCAUCAACAUCGUCUUCAUUCCUUCUGCUCUGGCUGCCAUCUUGGGUGCGGUGCCGUUCCUGGGAACCUAUUGGGCGGCGUUGCCGGCAGUGUGUGACCUGUGGUUGGCGCAGGGCGAGGGCGUCAAGGCCGUGCUGCUGCUGAUCUGCCAUCUGCUCCCCACGUAUUUUGUAGACACGGCCAUCUACUCUGAUAUCUCUGGUGGUGGACACCCAUAUCUGACAGGUCUGGCAGUGGCAGGAGGAGCCUACUAUUUGGGUCUGGAGGGCGCCAUCAUUGGUCCCAUCCUUCUCUGCAUCCUGGUGGUGGCAGCCAACAUCUACAGUGCCAUGUUAAUGAGCCCCAGCUCUGCAUUGCCCACACCAGUGCAGGCGACUUGGCCUCUCCACCCCAUGAGGCCGUUCAUGGACUCCACCCCUUCUGUUCUGAAGAAGACCAGUGAGUGAGAGUUAGAAGUCGUGUCCCUGUGGAUCACUGCCUGUUAGCUGAUUCCUCAGCAGAAGAGCUCUCCAUCCUGAAGCUCUUCCCUGUGCUGCGGGAGUUAACUCUGACCAAGAGGUGAUGGCAGCGUCAUGGCUGAUCCCCCAUGAUGCUGCCUGCUUAUGUCUGCACUCAUUUAAGACCCUGAUACUUCCCGAUCCAGAACAUGGACCAAUGACAUGACAUUGGCCUUCAUGAAUGGUGACAAUGAUGACGCAAAUCACGUCAUCUUUCUGAAUUAUGUGCCUGAAUGGAUUUUUUUUAAUUAUGAGAAAUGGUUAAAUGUUCAUUGUGUUGAAUGAAAUGUUUUAUGUACAAGGCCCUGGACUUCCACCCUGCACACGCCGGCUCUCGCCGCGUUAAUACUCCCUACCUCUCUCCUCACGGAGGCUCAAAGUAGAGUUUGUAGUGGCGGCUGAUUUUGAACGCUUCUCACCUCAGUGGUGGAAGCUGUGAGUCUGCAUCAUCACAACCCUGCACUCCUGGACCAGGCUUUGUCAACAAUAUCUUUUAACUCUGCGUGUGUUUUAACAUUGAAAAUGUUACGACUUUGAUUUUCUCAUGACUCCAGGUUUAGACUGACGAUGACUUCAGAUUGAAUGACCUUCGUUUCAUGGAGUCUGAUCUGAGUCCAGGAUCAGCUGAUAACUGGAACUGGAGGAAUUUAUUUUAUUAUUAUUACAUUUUUAAAUGUAUUACAAGCUUAAGUUUGUGUUUUUACUAAACACUACGUGAGUGCGCACACACACACACACACACACACACACACGCUUUCCAUUUUUAACACUCUUAGCUGAUUGGUCAGUAUUGAAAGUUUACACUUGGAGGUUUUUCCUGAGCACUUUGCAACUUUUGGUAUGGCUAUGACUUUGAUCCAAAUGUUUUCUGUAUACAAGUUCAGACGUUUCACACCCAUCACACUGUGUUUAAGUUCUACUCUCCUCCUCCGCUCUUGCACUUCUCCACCGCAUUCUUACAUUACAGUCAGGCCACUGAGAGUAAAGUAGUUUACAUCCCUUAAAGCUUUAAUUAACAGGCUGUAUGAAUGUAAUACAACACAUCCCAUCAUUCAGGGUUACUAUGUAAAGUACCUGAGAGUGGGAGGUUGGUGACGUUGUUCAGGUUUGGAACAAACAUGGUUUAGCAUUUGUUUCUUACUGUAGUCUUCAUUUGGUACUGUUGCCAUGUUGUUUUUGUAAAAUACAGAAUAUGCACAAUAAACAUCAUUUGAACUGUC